AUGUCCUCACUGCCACCAUCCAAGUCGUGUACCGCGCGUGACAAACAACCCGACGAGAAAUUCGAGGCACUGCGCAAAGCAGCCCUCAAGCACAUCGCUGACGCGAAAGCAAAAUCGCGCAAAAAGGCCGCUGCCGCUGCCACCACCACGCCGGCGCCCAUCGCCGACUUCGUUCUUUUUCCAGAAAAUGCGGCAACUAAACGACAACGAUCGAACAGCAGUAAAUUAUCGGCGGGAUCAAGUGCAGACGCAGAAAGGCGGGAAGAACGACAACAAAAACCCGCCGACGCCUGCUUACCUCAGACACCGCCCGAUUCACCACGCCGCAGGCAGCGAGUGCCAAGGCAUGGAGGCUUCAGGAUAGUCCCACUGGUCGACGACGACACUGAUAAGGUCGAUGCGAUAGAGCGGAGAUGGGCGGAAAGACCACCGCCAGCACCCGCACCGCCGCGACUCGACUCACCUGACGUGUCGGACGCCGAUGAGGACGUCUUUUGGCACUGCUGCGGUUCUGAAGCGAGCGGCGAGCAGCGCAAGUCUGCUGUCUAA